AGGCAGAGCGUGACCGACGGGGCUACGAGCACUGUUCAAUCAGAUCUCAUAAGCAUGGGUGAGGGAAGGGGUUGAGCCGACAGUCUCUUCAACCCGCACAUUCCAGGGGGAUAAAGCCAAGCUAGUGGCUGUCAAAUACAGGGCAGUACACAAUGGACAUGCUACAUCGGUCUGAAAAAUUGCUGCAGCGUGUUCAGUGUAGAUUAGAUUCAGAGACGAGCCGGAGCGAAAGUCUUUGCAUAUGCAGGUCGUACAUGAUGCUACUCACUUCAAGGAUGAGCCCGGGUGCAGUGGAGUGAUGUGAUGUAAAAAAAAGGACACGUUUGCAGCGGCUCUCGGGGACUCUCGCUCGUCCAGCUGCAAACUGACACUGGCUCGCUCCGAACAUUAUCAUCGACGCGUUGCCAAAGAUUAACAGAGUGGGUCGGCGAGGGGGGUGCAUUCUGUGGAUGUGUGUCUUCUGCAACGCGGCUGUUUCUCAACCCUUCCACCUGUCUUUGGAAAAGGAGGGACGCCGAGGUGAUUGAGCGCGUGGGGCAGUUUUUUUUUGGGUGACAGCUCGAACCACCCCGCGGUGGUAUCUUCAUUUCCGAACCGCGGGUGGACACCAUGAACGGCUUGACUCCAAAGAUGCCCUGGGACUGUGCACUUACACUGGACGUCGCCUGUUGCAGCGACCGCUUGGAAGAGUGAUCCCUUCGUAUUCGUUUAAAAUUGCCGCUUGGGAAGAGUCCCACCCCAAAACCCCUUCCCCCGACCUUUCGGCUUUGCUAACUUUGUGCUUUCUCUCUGGGAUUGCCCCGUACAUGUGGCUGCAAGCGGCAGUGUCGUGUCGCGGCCAUUGCGACUUCGAGGCAGCUCCUGGCCUCAGGAUAAACACGGACAGCCAAGUUGUCUCAAAGUAGAGACGGACAGCUCUUCCUCCUCCCCUCCCUCCCACCGCCCCUCUCUGUGCUGUUUCCGGAGCCCCGCGGUUCCCCUGUGUGUGUGAGAAUAGAGAGAGGUUCGAGUAUCCCCAUGUCCCAGGGAACAAGUCGCAAAAGGACAACUUCAGUUUGACGAGACACAAAAGUCUGACUGGAAGAUUCUAGCCGCCUCCAAGGACAAAAAAAAAGUUUGCGGAACCAGUUUUGCCGUGCGGUACCCCGCUGAAUUUUAAUGAGUUGUGACUGUAUUUUAACCGUGCAGGCGGGAUGCUGAACGCUGACCUCUCAUUGACUCUGUAUCCCUGGAUUCUGAACCGCUACUUCCUCACCUCCCUGUUCUUUCUUUUCCAGCUUUCUCAGGGCGAACUCCAGAAAUCAGGCGGGAGAUCGGUUUUUGGGACGGGGACUGACGAGUGUCAUGAGAUCUGCUCGUGUCGACUACCCCCGUUACCCCCUCCACCACCACCCCCUCCACCGCCCAGGCAAUUCGUGUCUCCAACUGUAAAACCCACAGAUUAUCCUCCAUUAAAACCCUGGUGGACGGACAUGGUCAUUUUAAUCGCAGUGAGUUGUGCCAUUCUUGCUUUCCUGGUGAUAGCUGUCAUUAUCUGCUACAAAGCAAUAAAAAGGAAGCCGAUGCGGAAAGAAGAGAAUGGGACAAAUCGAGCUGAAUAUGCAAUGACCUCCCAAAAUGACAAAAUGCCAGAUGCAAAUAAUGCAAUCAUUUAACAUUUUCUUUAAAAAAAAGCCACAAAGAUGUUUCAAGACAGACAACUGUCUGGUUCAAAAUUCACACAAUGUGCUUUGUGCAAAGAUUGAAAAGGUGUUCUGAAGAUAAGGACAUAAUUUCAAAAAAUAUAGUGAGCACAUCAGUUAUUCAGAGCAUAGAAACAGACUUCCCAUCAAUCACAUUGAUUGUGAGGUGAAGGAUAAGCCUGCCAAUCAAGUAAGAGACAGCUCCUUACAAAGGCAUAAUCGCUGAUUGCAGCUUCCACUGAAAACAACAGCUUCAAGAUGCCUCAUCACCUGGGUGAAUCUCAACUAGUUCUUGCAAGCAAUCUAUAAACUCUCUCUAAAGCAAUCUACUAGAAUAGUUAUAACUUGCUGUAUUCAGUUGCAAGUGGAGGUGCUCGUGUUGAAGUAUUUACUCACGUGAUCUAGUGUUUCCAGAAUAAAACAAGUUACAGUGAAAAAGGAGGGAAGAUCACUUCUCAUAAAGCCACUGAACUAACAAAGAACGUUGGCUUCCACCACAAAAAGUGCAUCUGCAGUUUGAUUGACUAUGCAAUUUUCUUUCUUGGAAGACACCUCAUCCAAAUAUACUAAUUUUUUCAGAAUA